ACAUUUGCUGGACCUUUGGGUCGGCAAUUUCUGGACUUAUGUGGAGCCUUGGAGGAGGUAUUUUUUUUCAAACAGGUGAAAACUAAAGCGCGCGCGGACGCCAUCCAUAAAAUUCAGUCGGUGUGGCCUUAUUGCGUCUAUCUUAAACUAGCUUUCCUUUCUCCUGCAGGCUGGCGUCAGCAUGGGAGGACAAAUUUUAUUACGCACCGUCGCGAUUUGGAUAUCGAAAACAAUACCACUCUAUGUUGGAAACACUUUCCUCAAACACCUCAAAGACACAGAUUGGACAUUCGGGGAUGCUACCCGAAGGCAGUGACAACAAGUCAUAUCCAAUAGUUCCGUUCCCUGCUUUCAUUAAAGCUGUUGGUACGAACAGAACAGACUGGCAAGAUCCGCACUGGCAGUUGAUCUCCGACCUAUGUGCCCCUUGCCAUAUCGACUAUGAUUUCAUCGUACACACGGAAACAAUAGCGCAGGACUACCCGCUUUUCUUUAGAAAGGCUGGAAUCGUCGGGAGGGAAGACCAACUCCCUGAAGUUCGACAGAGGAAAGGCGAUAGGCUGUUUUGGGACUUUUACAAACAAAUACCUAUAGAAGACUUGUGGCGGAUUAAGGAGAAGUUUGGGGCAGAUUAUGAGAUGUUUGGGUAUGACUUUAAUGAUGACAUCAGACGACUGUUCGGCCGUUAAGAAUGAUUUUACACUAUACAGACCGGGAGGAGGCUUUUGAGUAUUUUUUUAAUCCCGCGCCGGAUUUGCGUAGCAUAAUGCCUGACUAGCUUUUGCUAGAGGCUAGAGCCUCAAAAUGUACCCUAGCAAAAUCUACUCUGACAUUUUCAUUGGCAAAAAUGUAUUUUUUUAGUGUUGCCAUGGACUGCUAAUAUGCGUAUUUGACAAUAUUUACGGUUUCAGCAAUAUGCAUAAUAUGUAUUUCCCAUAUUGUUUUACAUGAAUUGUAUAAUAUGAAUUAUCAAAUUUAUAUAUUAUAACAUACGCAUGAAAAAAAAUGAAUUUGUGACGUCAUCAUUUGAAAUCUGAGAUUGCGGACCAUAUCACAAAAUAAAGUAAAGUCGACUUAUUAUCCCUUAAAUUUCGUUACUAUCUGGUACUUUUCC